CAACAUGAUUCCUGAGGGCCAUAUGCACUGGCUACGGAAACCGCCGAGGGACAAGACUGACUGGCGCCGCAUCUAUAAUUUUUUUUCCAAACAGAAAAACCCGCCAAAAAUGUGAUAAUGCCGUUAUAAACAUAUUUAUAUAUAUUCUAUAUGCUCAGACAUUCUCCCUCCCACGCAAUUAGUUAAUUUAAUUAAAUGUAUGGAUUAAUUCAAAUUAUAUUGAAAGGGACACUGCUAAUUAUGUGAAUAUGACCAAAUUAACAAAACAUCAAAAUAUUUGAAUAAAAACGGGAUAAAUGUUACCUGUUAUCAGUGAAUAUAUAAUCUAUAUCAAAGUUACAUGGGUGUAAACCACUAAUAAAUAAAAUAACCUUUAAAAGAAGAGCAGUAGUGUUCUUUUGAUAUUAAAUGUAACAUCAAGCUGGUUCAUGUGGUACCACUAAAAUAUGAGAUUAAAGAAACUAUACAUGUCCACUGCUUUAAUAUGUAUGUUUAGUUACUAAUAUGUAACUAUUUAUGUUUUAGAACGGUGAUUAAAUUAAGCAUAAAUAUUUAAGGUACAUAUCCUUAAAACUCAAGAUUUUAUACAUAUUCUUUUAAAAUAGGACUUUUACUUGGCUAAUUUUACUCAGGCAUUUUUUAUUUACUUUUCAGGUCAACGUCUCUAGUUACCAUGGCAGCCAGUCUCCAUGGAGACAGAAAAACGACAACACCAAAGGUUCGAACUCUAGUAAGCAUGCUAAUCAGCUGUUUUUUUCGCUUCUUAAGGCUAAGUAAUUUUAUCAUUCGUUUUUAAGCAACAGUAGUUAGCUCAAAACCGAAGUACAAGCAUAUUAUAUGCAUUAGCUGCAGUUUUAAGGCAGGUUUUUCUUCUUUUCUUAUUUGUUAUGGAAUUUCUCGGAGUGUCAUCUUACCAAAACUUGCAGGCUUUGUCUGCACUGUUAUCAACUCAGCAGGAGGAAGAUGAGGAUGAAGACUGUAAACAAAAUGCAACAGCCUAUAGACAGCUUGGUCCUGGACAUAUUGGGCCCCCUCCUAAAAAAGAAAAAGAAGUGUCUACUGCCUACACAAAAAGAACCAGUAAAGAUAUCUGGAGUGAGGAGGAGGUGGCUGAAGGCUCUCAGUAUGAUGAUCUGGCUGACCCGAGACCACAACCUGAGUAUGAAAUAAUCCUGAAGCAGAGUGUUGGAACAGAGGAUUUGUUCCUGGGCUUAAGCCAGAAGGACCCAUCUUCAAUGUGCUGUGAAGCCAUGCUGGUUAAAAUAAAGCUACCCGACACAAAGGCAAAAGAUGUCUUCUUGGAUUUAAAGGAGAAGUACCUGGAUCUGCGGACUCCAAAGUAUAAACUGGGUCUCCAUCUGCCCCAUCCCAUCCAGAAUCAAGAGGGCAAGGCUCAGUUCUUUAGCGACAGGCAGGAACUGGAGGUGACUCUACUGAUGAAGUGACCCACGGACUUCAUCAACAGAAAGAAGGAUAAAGGAAUUAUUUUAGCUUUAAAAAAGAAGCAAACAUCUUGGUGGGAAAGUUAGGAUUGCACACACAGGCUUGUUUAGUGCCUGAAAACAAUGACGGAAGUAAAUCCCAUUUAUUUCUGUAAAUUUUAAUUAAAUCUGGGCUCUUUUCCAUAUGCAGUCUCUGACUCCAUAAGAAAAAGUUAUAAUAAAUGUUUUCUGUGCUUCAGUA